ACAAACACAAUCACACACACACGCACACACGCGAGAGUCAAACUCUGCCAAGGCGGGAUGUUAUCAGCACCGACAGCACAAGCUACGGUGAAGCCAAAGGCGAUCGACGGCUGUCAAACGACAUCAAUCAAACUGUGCCGCCACCUCCUUCUAAGCAGAUCUCUACCCUCAACCGCGCCGUUCGUCCCUUAAACCCUUUUCACUUUCAAGGGCACGCACACACACGCACGCUGUGGCGAGCACUCGCACACGCACACACACAAACACACACACCACGUGCAUAGGUACGUGCCCUAUCGCGCACACACACAGACAAAGACGUUAUCCCUCUCGCUCUCGAGGCUCCGUACGUCGAUUACAUCAGAAGGGGCCUGGCCGGCACUGCUUUGCGUAAUGAUCACACACAACACACACAUACAAACCAACGCAGCUGGUGUUGAACGCGCGAAAGCGCGAUGAAUGGGCGCGCGCGCGAUAGCGGAUAUUGAAUUUUCCAAACUCCAUCGUGUGCUUAUAAGCACGUGCCACGACACACACACACACAACACACACACACAGACACCUACAGUGCGAACGAAGUGAGAAGCCAAAGACUUGGCGGUGGAUUGAUUAAUAGUGCAAUAGAAGAGAAAAGCGAAGGGAAAAGAAGUGUAAGAACGAGCAAAAGAUGCGAGGUUCCAACAAUUCCAAUGGUGUCGGUGCAUCCGCCGGUGGUACCGGUUCCGAUGGUACCGGGACUGCUGGUGGGGCCGUUCCCGCAGUCGUCAGCACGGUGACCGAUAGCGUCGACGCCGCCGAAAGCCCUCGGAUACAGGAGCUGAGAGAGAAGUACGGCAAGAAGGCCCGACGCGUCGUAACGCUCGAGGAGGAUGAAAUGAAGUAUGAGGAGAUGUGUGACGAUGAUUACACAGAGCUGAUGGACGAGCAGCACCGUCAACUCAGACACUCGGAUGGCACGGUGAAGUUGCGAAACCCCAACAUCGAGCUCAUGGACCAGGACAUUCUAUACCAUCUGGCGCUGGGCAGCGGGAGCCACGAUCUACAUAAAAUGUUCGGCGAUGUAAAGUACGUGUGCAUGGGUGGCACGCCGAAGCGGAUGGAGAUGUUUGCGCAUUUUAUCAUGGACGAGAUCGGCUACAAGCUACCGGCCGGGACGCAGCUGCAAGACAUCAGCGCCUACUCGUACCGCUACUCGAUGUACAAGGUCGGCCCGGUGCUAUCGGUAAGCCACGGCAUGGGCGUACCGUCGGUCGGCAUACUGCUGCACGAGCUGAUCAAGCUGAUGUACCACGCGAAGGUGAAGGAUCCGUGCUUCAUCCGCAUCGGUACGUGCGGUGGCAUCGGUAUCGAUGGUGGCACCGUCGUCGUUACCGAGAGUGCGUACGAUGGGUUACUCCGCAACAGCUACGAACUGGCGAUCCUUGGAAAGAUUGAGCAUCGUCCGGCGCUGCUGGACCGGCGUCUGGCGCAUCAUCUGGUCGGCCUGAAAUCACCGGACGAUCCAUACGAGGCGAUUACCGGCAAGACGAUGUGCACGUACGACUUCUAUGAAGGUCAGGGACGGCUGGACGGUGCGUUCUGCAACUUCACCGAGGCAGACAAGAUGCAGUAUCUGCAGCGGCUGCGCGACUUUGGCAUCGUCAACAUCGAGAUGGAGUGUACGAUCUUCGCAGCGCUCACGCACUACGCCGGCAUCCGGGCCGCCAUCGUGUGCGUGACGCUGCUAGACCGACUGAAGGGCGACCAGGUGAUGGCACCGAAGGAGGUGAUGAUGGAAUGGCAGAAGCGCCCGCAAACGCUCGUCGCUCGCUUCAUCAAAAACGAUCUCGCCCGUCUCGGGAAACUGGAGACGCUCGCCGCGGCCCCAUCCGCCAUCAAAUCGCCCCGGUGCUUCCAGUUCGUCCAGCAGGAAUCGCAGGCGCACGAGUAAAAGACGCCGACCGACAGCCACGGGCACCGGGCGUGCCAGUUCACGCCAACCAGAUAUUUUUACCCGCAUAGCUUCGGGUGUUGUGCCCCGUAACCGCCCGUGCUACUUUCCACCGCCUCGAACAAUUGCCUGUGUUCCGUGUGUCGCCCGGGUUUGCGCGCAACUGAGCGUAAGUUUGCGAGCAGGAUCCGCGGCGACGCGUCUACCGCAGGAUCUCCCAACCACUAUCUAAUCCACCCCCCCCCCCCCCCCCCCCGACCCCAACUCCUCUCAAAAAUUCCCCCCUCCCUUCUCCAAUAAAUGUAGAUGUUAAGAGCGGCUGUUGCUGAGAUUGUUGCAGCUAUAAAUGGCGUACCGAGUUUGCUAUCCCUGUUUGCAAACGCGCAUGUACAUUAACAUUCAUACACUAUAGCAACAUUCGUACGUACGAACGCAUUCAUUCCGGAGUAGCCUACCGAUCCUAGUUACAAUGAUUCCCUUACAUUCGUGUAUAUCAACUAGUGUUGGACGAUUCGUUGUUAUCGGAAGCUAGUUUUGUUUGGUUUUUCUGUUUCCCAACCCCGACGGCGGCCAGCAGGACGUUGAAGCAGAUCAAUGCCCUUCACGCAGCCUGAUGAUACACCACUAUCCACUAAACACAUAUCGAUGAUCGAUGGACCUGCAGAAGCUGCUUUUCUCGCCCUCUCUUUUUCGCCCUCUGCUCUUCAGAACACCUUCAUCGGAACACCAUCAAGAAUUCCCUGUCAUACACUUUGUUUUGAAAGGCUGCGCGCGUACCAAUGGUCGCAAGCUGGGUGGUUUGAUGAGUCCAGCAUAGAGGAGGUAUUACUGUACAUGUUAAAGGCAAAAGGCUAGUAGAAAUACGAUAAUAAAGCAAGCGUUUAUCACGAUGA